UCAACGCCAGCUCAAGCCACGGGCGGAGCGUCACUGCUCGGAAAAGGUGCCUCAGGAUUUUCUCAGAAUGAUCGAAUUAAAGUUGGUUCUGCACAGUUAGCGUCACUGACUGGGAGAGUAUUUAUACUCAGGUUCUCCUUGGAUGUUUUAAUCUGAGCGAUGUUUUGAGUUUUGAAAUCGCAUAAGGUGCUGAGACGUAUCGCGUGACUCGUUGAAUUAACGCAAAGUGGGAAUCCAAGUACGGGGACUUUAUCACUGUUAUGAAGACAGUUAAGGUCUUGAGGCCAGGGUCGUGCUCUGCAGGCCAUGCUGUGGCAGUGUUGUAAGGUAAGGAGGUGUCUGCGCUCCAUCAACAAGAAGCUGACUGUCUCCUUCUUCAUCCUCCUGCUGUUUGGCAUGAGUGGUCUGCUGUUCUUCCCACAUCUGCAGGACCUCCUAGACACACCCCAACACCAGGGCCCAGGUGGAAAGCUCUUAUACUCCAGUGGGCAGCUUGUGAAAAAGGAACACUGCCCUCGUUGUCUGGAUGACACACAAGCAUCUGGUCCAGUAGUGAGCAGGUUUCCUAGCCCUGUACCCCCAGCCAAACUCCCCCAACGGAACCCACAGUCUUCUGCAGUCAACCACAUAGACAUCACCAAAAACCACUAUAAACUUCUGAACAGCUCCUCUCCACUUCAGCAGCAUGACGGUGAUCUUGCUGGCUACAACAUCAACACCACUGACCAGCUGUCCCAGGUCCAGCAUGCUCGCCAGAAUUUCAUGAAUAAGGUAUGUGCUAAGUACGGGGAAAGUGCAGGUACACGGCCGAUAACCCGGCAGCAUGUGUCGCGAAUCUUUGUGGAGGAUGUGCACAAGCUCCUGUACUGCGAGGUACCCAAGGUGGGUUGCUCCAACUGGAAGCGUGUGCUCACAGUGCUUCAGGGCAAUGCUUCCUCUCCUGACAAAUUGAAGCAUGAGGAGCUCCACUUCGGGAAACACCUGAAAAGGCUGGACUCCUUCAACUACAAGGGAAUCAUCUAUCGUCUGGAGACCUACACUAAGGUGCUCUUCUCGAGGGAGCCCUUCGAGAGGCUAGUGUCAGCCUUUCGGGACAAGUUUGAGAACCCAAAUUCAUACUAUCACUCAGUGUUUGGAAAGCGCAUCAUCUCCAGGUACCGUAAGAACCCAUCCAGGCAGGCUUUGCGUACUGGAGCAGGUGUGACUUUCAAGGAGUUCAUCCAGUACUUGCUGGACGUUCACCGGCCAGUGGGCAUGGACAUCCACUGGCAGCUGGCGGCACAGCUUUGCAGCCCCUGCCUGAUACACUAUGAUUUCAUCGGCAAGUUUGAGACUAUGGAAGAGGAUGCCAAUUUUCUCCUGAGGCAUAUUGGAGCCCCCACUAACCUAACCUUGCCAAGUUUUAAAGACAGGAACCCAAAAGCAGCAAGGACUUCCUCACAAAUUACACACAAAUAUUUCAUGCAGCUGAGCUUAAAAGAGAGGCAAAGGACCUAUGACUUUUACUUCAUGGAUUAUCUAUUGUUUAACUACUCUAAGCCAUUUGAAGAUUUGUACUGAGCAUACAUGCUAAGAGACUUGUAAAUGUAUAUACUGAGAUUGUUGUUUGGUCUACUGUUGAGUUUUGUUUCACUUGAAUUUUUCAUUAUUCAGUAAAAAUGUAUUUAACGAAUUACUCACUAUUAUUAUUAUUAUUAUUAUUAUUAUUAUUAUUGUUGUUGUUGUUGUUGUCGUCACGUGUAAUAAUUAAUUCUACUACAAGCAGCCUGAAUCUUGCAAAAUGAUUCACACCUUUUCAAAUGUCACAUGCAAUGGUACUUUAUCACAUACAAGGGUACGGUUCAAUAAUCACGUGUACCAGUUGGAGUUAUUAAUGAAUUAAUUACUUAAGUUGUUAAGGUGUACAUUAUAUAUAUAUACCACUAUAAUGUUGUGUCUCUGUUCAGAUAAAAUGACAAA